GCCAUCAAUGGAGUAAAGCAAGAUCAAACACAUCUCCCUUUGCAUCCCAUUCCCAUUUAUUAACCCAAAUCAUCAUAAAUUUAUCUCAACCCAUCAAAAUGUUUAGAUCUCUUCCUUAAUUUCAAACAUCGAUCAAUUCUCAUGAAUAUUCUUCUUUCAAGUAUCAACACAACACCACUCACUCUUUCAACUCCUUUCAGAAACCAAAUCUGGGGCUCUUCAAAUCAAGAAUCUUCGACUGUUUCAAUGAAAUCGCCGCCGCCGCCGCCAAGAUGACCGAUUCUGGUUAUCAAGUCAAGACGACGUCGCGCCUUGCCCAAUGGAGUAUCGAUAACUUACUUCCAUCUACCUACCGCAAAUCAGAUCCUUUCAUGAUCGGAAAUUGGAAUUGGUAUUUAUCUGUGGAGAAAAAACGGACGAUUUUCAUUAAAUUAUACCCGGAAACAUCGAAUUUAACUAAAGACAGUCCUCCGAUUGCAUCGUUCAUCAUUCGGAUCAUCUCCUUUGCUGGGGAUCGAAGAUCUUUAGCUCACCCAGAAGUUACAGAUAGAAAACUCAAGAACAUUGGCGAUUUCGUUUGGGUUAUUGAACUUCCAUUGACUUCAAAAUUCAUCAUUGAUCUUGAAUUUCUUGAUCUCAAGAUCUCUUCCCCUGUUUCUAACGAAAACGAGCCUUUUUCAAUUUGGGCAGACGGGUUGAGACAAAAACAAUCGAAUAAAUUCGCCCUAACAUCCCUCGGUCGAAUGCUAUCCGAAAACAUUCAAUCCGAUGUCGAAAUUCGCGUUUCAAACGGAAUUCUACAAGCUCAUCGCGCGGUUCUCGCAUCAAGAUCGCCUUUUUUCAACAAAUUGUUUCUUAAAGAGAUUAAUCAAAGUUCGACUAUAAACAUCCCAAACGUGUCUAUUGAAUCCUUUCGUGUUUUCCUCAAUUACAUUUAUGGAAACAUACAAUCGGACCAAGAAUUUAAAACCAACAGGCUCUCGCUUCUAGCAGCUGCCCAAAUGUUUGAAGUUGAAGAUUUGAAAGACGCGUGCCACGAGAGCCUCAUGGAAGAUAUAGAUGCUAAUAAUGUUCUUGAGAGGCUCGAGAAUGCUUCUUUGUAUGGAUUGUCGGAGUUGAAGUGUAGUUGUUUGCAAUAUUUGGUUAAAUUUGGAAAGAUAUUUGAUAUCCGUGACGAGUUUAAUGAUUUUCUUCAAUCGGGAAAUCGAGAACUUAUUAUGGAGAUCUUUGACUCGGUUUUAGUGGCUUGGAAUGGUUUCUGAGUUGAUCAAUUCAUUGGUGUUUGAAGAAGAUUGUGUAUAAUGUCAUUUGUACAUAGCAAUUUAUAUACUACAUUGAUGUUCAUGUUAUAUGAUUAUUUUUAAACAUUUUGUAAUAUAUAGCAAAAUUAGGGAAUUCUAUAAAGUAAAUUAAAUGUACAUGUUGUACAUAAAGUAUAAGUUGUAAAUUAUUAAAU